AUGCGUUGGUUUCAGCUUGAGCUCCUGACGGCUCUCGCCGCCUGGGCGACCACCUCUGUCUGUGCCGUGACUCCUGUCAGCGGGAGCUUGGGGGGCAAGUGCCCUGAGGACAUUGGCAAGCUUGGGGAGAAGCUGUCCAAGUCUGCCAAGAUUUACUUCCCUGGUUCUGAUGACUUUGUCAAGGCCACCACUCGAUGGUCGGUCCUGGGUGCCCCCACGAUCAAUGUUGUUGUUGUCCCCGGCACUGAGAAGGAUGUUUCCGAAACUGUCAAAUAUGCCAACAAGAAGAAGCUCCCCUUCCUCGCCUACAACACUGCCCAUGGAGCCAUCACCACUUUGGCUCGUAUGGAUCAUGGUAUCGAGAUCUACCUGAACCAGCUCAACGGUGUUACUGUCGCCAAGGACGGAAAGACCGUCAAGAUCGGUGGUGGCGCCCCCUCCAAGAAGGUCACUGAUACCCUCUGGGCCGCUGGCAAGCAGACUGUGACUGGCACUUGCGAGUGUGUCAGCUACAUGGGCCCUGCCCUUGGUGGUGGUCACGGUUGGCUCCAGGGUCACCAUGGUAUCAUCGCCGACCAAUGGGUGUCCCUUCGCGUCGUCCUCGCCGACGGUUCCAUCAAGACCAUCAACCAGAACUCUGACCUCUGGUGGGCUAUGAAGGGUGCUGGCCACAACUUUGGUAUCGUCACCUCUGCCACUGUCAAGAUCUACGACAUUGAGCACAGCGACUGGGCCAUCGAGACCCUCGUCUACAGUGGUGACCAGGUCGCCGAGGUUUACCAGGCUGCCAACGACCAUCUCCUCAGGAAGCAGCCUGAGGGUGUCAUCAACUGGUCUUACUGGCUUAACAACCCUGACGCCGACCCCAACAACCCCAUCAUUCUCUUCUGGAUCAUCCAGGAAGGCGUCAAGACUGUUGAUGCCGCCAUCAGCAAGCCUUUCCACGACAUUGGUCCUCUCGCUAUCACGCCCGACUCUGGAGACUACCGUGACCUCGCCAAGUGGACUGGCAUCAGCCUCGACGCUGCUCCCUGCCAGAAGGAUGGCCUUGUCAACCCCCGCUUCCCUCUGUACCUCCAGUCUUACGACAUCAAGGCCAUGAAGAAGGCCUGGAAGCACUUUGCCUCCAACGUCGGAUCUGGCUCUCCUUUUGCCAACUCCCUCUUCAUGUUCGAGGGUUAUUCCACCCAGGGUCUCCGCGCCGUCGACAGCAAGUCGGCCGCCUUUGCCUUCCGUGAUGCCAACCUCCUCACUGCCCCUCUCAUCACCUACAAGCCCGCCGGUGCUGACCUGGACAAGAAGGCUGCCAAGCUCGGCAACCAGCUCCGUUACAUCCUCCACAAGGGCUCAGGUCUGCCUGAGAAGCGUGCCUAUGUCAACUAUGCCUACGGUGAUGAGACGCCCAAGCAGUGGUAUGGCAGUGAGUCGUGGCGGCAGCAGCGCCUGCAGAGCUUGAAGGAGAAGUACGACCCUAGUGGCAAGUUCAGCUUCUUUGGGCCUGUCGCCUAA